AUGCUGCUGCUAAUCCUGCUUCAACUCCUGAUCAUUGCAUCCACAAAUGCUCAGAGUAGCACACCAACAGCCACUGCCCUCACCACACCCAAUGUUGCCACUUCAAAUGCAGUAACCACUGCUGGUAUCGCAGCAACUGGCAGCGCUGUAACCACAGCAAACAGUGCUGCAACUACGGCUAACAAUGCCGUGACUGGCAACACAGCAACAGGCAGUGCAGCGACCACAGCUGGCAAGGCAGCAACUGGCAACGCUGCUUCUACUGCUAGCAAUGCUGUGACUGGCAACGCAGCAACAACAGCUAACAAUGUUGCGACUGGCAAUGCUGCUACUACUACUAUCAAUGCGGUGACUGGCAACACAGCAACAGGCAAUGCAGCGACCACAGCUGGCAAUGCAGCAACUGGCAACGCUGCUACUACUUCUAACAAUGCUGUGACUGGCAACACAGCAACAACAGCUAACAAUGCUGUGACUGGUAACACAGCAACAGGCAAUGCAGUGACCACAGCUGGCAAUGCAGCAACUGGCAACGCAGCAACAACAGCUAACAACGCUGCGACUGGCAACACAGCAACAACAGCUAACAAUGCUGUGACUGGCAACGCAGCAACAACAGCUAACAAUGCUGCGACUGGCAACGCAGCAACAACAGCUAACAACGCUGCGACUGGCAACGCAGCAACAACAGCUAACAACGCUGCGACUGGCAACACAGCAACAACAGCUAACAAUGCUGUGACUGGCAACGCAGCAACAACAGCUAACAAUGCUGCGACUGGCAACGCAGCAACAACAGCUAACAAUGCUGCGACUGGCAACGCAGCAACAACAGCUAACAAUGCUGCGACUGGCAACGCAGCAACCGGCAAUGCGGCAACCACAGCUGGCAAUGCAGCAACUACAUCUGCCAACGCAGCGGGCGGCAACACCGGAGGCGUGACAACGGCAGCGAUAACAAGUGUAAACAACGCAACCACAACAAGUGCUGCUGUGGCCUCCACCCACAUAGGCGGCGUGCUUAUAUGCCACCUCGGCGUGGCACUCUUUAAACUGUACACAAUGUAA